CACACUUCUCCAAUCUUCCUCCUCAUCUCAUUUGGACUGACUCAUCGUCUCUGCUUCCAAACCCAAACCUCACUCCCUCUCUCUCUCUCUCUCUCUUUGUCGCUUGUGGGUUCUGGUUUGGCAUUUCGUCGAAUGGAUUGCGUGCAUGCGCUGCACACCUCUUCUUCCGCGCCACAACUCCACCGUCGCAAGCAACUCCGAUGCCUCCACCCUCGGCAUCAAUUCCUGGGAAGCCUUGCCGUCGUUCCCUUCUUCGCCCAUAAGAGGGGUUUUCGUCCCCUCUACCACAAAUUCAACACUUGUCAGAUCAUUUGUGGUGUUUCCUCCGCUCAAUCCAUUGACGAGGAGAAAGACAACAUGAUGAAGUCCGAGUCUGGGAAAGUUCGGCUUAAUAUUCGAUUGGAUCACCAAGUUAAAUUUGGUGAGAGUGUUGCAAUAUUGGGUUCAGUGAAGGAAUUGGGAUCAUGGAAGAAGAAGGUGCCUAUGAAUUGGACGGAGAGCGGAUGGGUAUGUACACUGGAGUUCAAAGGGGGUGAGUCUGUUGAGUAUAAGUUUUUGACUGUAAGGGCAGACAAGAGUAUGCUUUGGGAAGGUGGUCACAAUCGGGUCUUGAAACUUCCCAAAGGAGGAAGUUUUGAUAUGGUUUGUCAUUGGAAUGCAACUACGGAGGCUGUGGGUUUACCCUCUUCGGAGGAAGGGGAGGAUGUGGGUCAGAACGGUUCUACAGUGGCUGAUACUGUUGGUGCUGAAGAGGUGGAGUCUAGUACUUUUGUUGGUGAAUGGAAAGGUAAUGCCAUCUCAUUCAUGCGGUCAAAUGAGCAUGGGAACCGUGAAGGAGGAAAAUGGGACACCUCUGGUCUUGAAGGGUUGGCUCUGAAGUUAGUUGAAGGUGAUCGAAAUGCAAGGAAUUGGUGGAGAAAGCUUGAAGUUGUACGUGAUCUACUUGUUGGAAGUUUGCAAAGUGAGGACCGGUUGGAUGCUCUCAUAAAUUCUGCCAUUUAUUUGAAGUGGAUAAAUACAGGCCAGAUUCCUUGCUUUGAAGGUGGAGGUCAUCAUCGACCAAACCGACAUGCUGAGAUUUCCAGGGUUAUAUUUCGAGAACUGGAAAGAAUUUCCUGUAAGAAAGAUACUUCACCCCAGGAAGUACUUGUCAUCCGCAAAAUUCAUCCAUGUCUGCCAUCUUUCAAAGCAGAGUUUACUGCAUCUGUCCCCCUAACACGAAUAAGAGACAUUGCCCAUCGGAAUGAUAUCCCUCAUGACCUCAAGCAAGAAAUUAAGCAUACAAUUCAAAACAAGCUUCACCGUAAUGCCGGCCCUGAAGAUCUAGUUGCUACAGAAGCAAUGCUUGCAAGAAUAACCAAGAACCCUGGAGAAUACAAUGGAGCAUUUGUAGAGCAGUUCAAGAUAUUCCAUCAUGAACUCAAGGACUUCUUCAAUGCUGGAAGCCUUGCCGAACAACUUGAAUCCCUCAAAGACUCAUUUGAUGAUAAAGGCCGUUCAGCUCUUGCAUUGUUUCUCGAGUGCAAAAAGAGUUUGGAUACUUUAGAAGUGUCAAAUAAAGGUUUGGGAAAUAUUGGCACUGAUCUGUUGUUCAAGACCAUGCAAUCUUUGAGUGCCCUUAGAGAAAUAAUUGCGAAGGGUCUUGAAAGUGGCCUUAGAAAUGAUGCUCCUGAUAAUGCAGUGGCUAUGCGUCAGAAGUGGCGCCUUUGUGAGAUUGGACUUGAGGACUAUUCGUUUAUUCUUUUAAGCAGAUUCCUUAAUGAGCUUGAUGCUUUGGGAGGGGCACACUGGCUGGCAGAAAAUGUGAAAUCAAAGGAUAUAAGCUCUUGGAAUGGUCCACUUGAUGCCCUUAUUGUCGGGAUUCAUCAGCUAAGUUUAUCUGGUUGGAAGCCUGAAGAAUGUGCUGCUAUUGAGAAUGAGCUUGUUGCAUGGAAAGCAAGAGGUCUUUCUGAAAAGGAAGGAAGUGAAGAUGGCAAAAGAGUCUGGGCACUAAGGCUUAAAGCUACUCUUGAUAGAGCCAGGAGGCUAACUGAAGAAUAUUCUGAAGCACUUCUUCAAAUAUUCCCCCAAAAUGUCCAGAUAUUAGGAAAAGCUUUUGGGAUCCCUGAGAACAGUGUAAGGACAUAUGCUGAAGCCGAGAUUCGUGCUGGUGUAAUAUUUCAGGUCUCAAAACUGUGCACCCUACUUUUAAAAGCUGCUAGAAGUACCAUUGGUUCUCAAGGUUGGGAUGUUAUUGUGCCAGGAGCUGCUGUGGGAACAUUACUUCUGGUUGAGAGGAUUGUCCCUGGAUCAAUACCAUCAACCGUGGAAGGACCAAUUGUUCUUGUGGUCAACAGAGCAGAUGGAGAUGAAGAGGUUACAGCUGCUGGGAGUAACAUUGUGGGAGUUGUACUUCUGCAAGAACUUCCUCACUUAUCUCAUCUCGGUGUCAGAGCUCGACAAGAGAAGGUUGUGCUCGUGACAUGUGAAGAUGAUGAUAAAGUUGCCGAUAUACAAAAACACAAGGGGAAAUGUGUGAGGUUAGAAGCAUCCUCAUCAGGUGUUGAUAUAUAUCCUUCAUCAGAAAAUAGCAAUGGCCAUUUGUCAGUGGAGAAUCUUUCAGGUGAUGGUGUACCCAGGGUUGAAGCACAUUGGAAGUGAUGGUCCUUCAUGGUCUGCUACUAAAGCCAACUCCAAUCAGGGGGUUUCCGCUGGAGGAGUUUUACUACUUGCUGAUGCAGAUGCAGAGAUUUCAGGUGCAAAGGCUGCGGCUUGUGGUCGUUUAGCUUCUUUGGCUGCAGAAUCUGAGAAAG